AUGGGCGGCCUGGGCUGGCGGAGAGUCGUCCCACGGAGAGAGAGAGAUCCCGUGAUUGAGGUCUACCUGCAGCAGUACCGCAAAUACUAUUUCUUCCAGGAACGGCUGAACACUUUCAAGAACUGGCCCUUCCUCGACGGCUGUGGCUGCACACCCGAGAAUAUGGCUGCAGCAGGGUUUAUUCACACCCCAAGUGAGAACUGUCCAGAUGUUGCUCAGUGCUUCUUUUGUUACAAAGAGCUGGAAGGUUGGGAACCUGAAGAUGAACCUUUAGUUGAACAUAAAAAUCACUCACCAAAGUGUGCUUUCAUUGCACUGAAGAAGGAGUUUGAGCAUCUAACAGCUGAAGAGUUCCUCAAGCUGGACAAGGAAAGAGUAAAGAAUAUCACGAAGAAACAAGUCUCUGAAAUGAUUGAAUCAUUUGAACAAAAAGCAAAAGUUACAAGAAGUACAAUUGAAGAUCUUGUAACUUAGUAGAGAUGUGGAAUAUUCUCCUAUUAACAGUGUAAUUUAAGCUCAACUUAUUUAAUCGCUCCUCAAACUGAGGAUCAUGUCAAUGUAGUGUCUUCCAUCAUUUUACAUGGAAGGAGUAGUAUAAUAUGUUUUUUUCUUCUAUCACUUUGUCGUGGUCAAUAUUAGAGUCAUAGAAGAAGACCCUUCAUGCCAACCAAGAUGGCAUGCUGGGCUAAUCCUAUUUUCCUGCACUUGGUUCAGAAUCCUCCUAUCCAUAUAUCUGUCCAAACGUCUUUUAAAAAUCAUUAUUGUUCAGGUAUUUAUUCCUAAUUAAAGGGUUAAUUUUAUUAUUGUUUUGUUCAGGACUAUGUAAAAGGUCAUUCGUAUCUGCAAGCAUCUUAAGGAUUCUAUUACAAAUUCUCCAGAGGUCGUUAGAAUGAUUAGUGGUUUCUCAUUUUGUCUGUUUAAAUAAUCAUUUUUAUGGCAUUCAUUUUUUUGUACAUUGGAGAAGAUGGACUUUUAAAGUGUAAUUGCUCAAGCUUUUGUAAUAUAUUGUAAAUAUGCCCCCUCAAUUUGAUGAUCUUUACUUUUAUUUUUAAUCUAGAAUAGACUGGGCAGCAUAGUGGCUCAGCUGGUAGAGC